CUAUAUAAACCCCAACAAAGUAAAAUUCGUCCGCAAAUCAUUAACCCUAAAAUUUCCGAUAUCGUUACUGCUAGAGACCGCCACCGCCAUUUUCUUUUACAUUUCUUCUACGCAGUCGCCCUUUCUUUUAAUCCUUAACCAUGCCUCGUCGUAGCUCCGGUGGACGAUCUGCUUCCCGUCCCGCCCCACGCGCUCCACUUCGCAAUCCUCCGGCGCCAGCUAGUCCCGCUCCUCCACCUGCACCUGUACAAGGUGGUGGUGGUGGUUCUAUGCUUGGAGGUCUUGGUGCAACUAUUGCUCAAGGUAUGGCCUUUGGUACCGGAAGUGCAGUGGCUCACAGGGCUGUCGAUGCCGUAAUGGGUCCUCGAACCAUCCAGCAUGAGACUGUUGAUUCGUCAGCCUCCUCAGCACCUUCUGUUGCAAGCAAUUCUGGUGGUUCUGAUGCUUGUAAUGUUCAGUCAAAAUCCUUUCAAGAUUGCCUGAACCACUAUGGAAGUGACAUUAGCAAGUGCCAAUUCUACUUGGAUAUGUUGCAGGAGUGCCGCAGGAGCUCAGGUUCUGUUUUGGGUGCUUAAAAUAAUUGAUUUUAGAACAAUCGUUAUUCACUAUUUUUCAUUUGGAUGUAACCGCAAGGAGCGGUGUCAAGUUUAUUGUGUGUUUCGACUGUUUACACUUUAUUACGGCAACUUCUCUACAAUUAUAAAUGGUGUUUAAUAAUGAAAUAUUUCAUCAUUUGGACUCAAUUGUUAUGGCUUUUGUGUUUUUGUGUCU